AUGGCGGAGGUUUCUGACAUUUUUCUUUCGAAAGACGUAUUUGAGAAAGCAGUGAAAAAUGCAUUGGGAAGAGUGAAUACAAGUGGAAUAUGCAAUCUCUCACAACACCAGUCGAAGGCCUUGUUUAAUUUAGUGUGUGGUAAAGAUUCUUUUGUCUGUUUGCCAACCGGCCAUGGCAAAUCGCUAAUUUACCAACUCUGUCCCGUUGUUGUCAAAGAACUUUCUAGCAUUGGAUUGAAACAGUUCCAGAGCGACCCGUUAGUUGUUAUUGUCUCUCCGCUAAAUUCUCUCAUCGAGGAUCAAAUAGGAUCCUGUGGAAAAAUGGGCUUGAAAGCGUGCAAAGUGGACUCGGAAAGCCUCGAAAAGCUGAAGGACUCCUGCGACUUUGAAAUUUUGUAUGCAAGCCCCGAGAUAUUUGACGAUCAAGAAGCCAGAUCGCUACUUCAGCAGUACAGCGCUAGACUCGUUGGAAUUGUUAUCGACGAAUCUCACUGUAUCGUGCAUUGGUAAGAUUUUAAAUUUUGAAAGUUAUUUUUUUCCUAUUCGCUCCAUACUAACUUGUUAUGAUUCUCUCUCGUGCACGUGUUUCUCGAGUGGGGUCUUCUCUCUUAGAAUUGACAUCUGCACGGUCGAUCUCUAACGUAUUGAUAUUAUUACGUUUUAUUUCUGUUACCAUAAAGCCUGAACAGAUAUGUGAAUAAAAGGUGGCUUUGCACAAUCAGAUAGCGUUGAUUAUUCACCUGAUUGUUAUUUACAAACUAGACUUUAAGUAUAUCUGUUGUCAGAAUAUCCUCAUAACAACCUUUCUAAUUUUAGGGGAACUGGCAACAAGAGAGAGCAACCCUUCAGGGAAUCUUAUGGCAGGCUAGGUCACCUCAGAGUUUUUACCAAGGCACCAUUUCUGUGCAUGACUGCCACAGCGAGCCUAAAAAUAAGAAGCAAGAUUAUAAAACUGCUCAACAUGAGAAACCCCAAGGUAAUAAGGCAAUCACCAGACAAGAAAAAUAUCUCUUACCAUGUUGAAAAGGCAAAAGAAUUGGAUGAAACUUUUAAGUGGAUUUUGGAUUUGUUUUCUUCCUGCAUCGCAGAAAUUCUGAAAACAAUUAUUUACUGUAGAUCAUUAAAGGACUGUGGAGAGAUCUACUCAUUGUUUGACAAGAUAGCUACCCAUUCUGAAGCACCAGUUGUCUCCAUGUAUCAUAGUAAGACGCCAGAACAAAUUAAGCAAAAAGUACUCUCAUCUCUCUUGGAAGAGGAUGGUGACUGCCGCAUUGUUAUCGCAACAAGUGCUCUUGGGAUGGGUGUGAAUAUUCCCAAUAUCCGACAGAUCAUUCAUUAUGGUGCUCCAUCUGAUUUGGAAAGUUAUGUGCAAGAAGUUGGUCGUGGUGGUAGAGAUGGACAGCCUUGCAAGGCAAUACUGUAUUACCGGCCAUUCCAUCUUGCUCAUUGUGAUGAGCACAUGAGAAAUUAUUUAAAAAACACAGACAAAAAGUGCAGGAGGGAUCUUCUGAUGAAAUAUUUUAAGGAGAAACCUAACAAGCCAAAUGUCAAGCAUGACUGUUGUGAUGUUUGCCUAGCGGCCUGCAUAUGCUGCUUGUGUAACGCUCUUGAAAAGCCAUCUGAUGUGACACCACCAAAUGAGACUGUUGAAAUGGCAACUGUGGUUCGGCAGGUGCAGGAAGAGGACAGAGAAUUUCUCUAUGAAAUGCUUAAAGACAUAAAAAUUAAUACAGAAUCAUCUGCCUCUGUGCUGGGUAGUGCUGGACUUGUUUUUGAACUUGGUGAGCAGGUUAUAGAGGCUAUUGUAAGUAAGUGCGAAUAUGUAUUUUCAGUAUCUUUUAUCAUGGACAACUUUCCUAUUUUCAGUGAAGAAGUGGCAAAUGAAAUUUUGAUUAUCUUUGAUGAAAUAUUCAAUGACAUUGACGAGGCCGAGUUUCUUUCUAGUAUGGACCAAAGUGUUAUAGAUGACAUGUCUUUCCUUGAUGUUGACGAACAAGCAUCUGGAUGUAGCGAUGGUGAUACCUAUCGUAGUGACUGUUUUACAAUGCAUUAG